AUGCUUCGGUUCAACCCCGACUUUAUGGACAAGUGCACCGAAUCACUUGUCAUCGUCGCAGUACAGGAGCUCAUUUUUCGCUGCCUUCGCACCAUCGCGCACACCUCGCACCAUUCGUCGGUCGCCCUCGGAGCCAUGCCAGGCAACAUAAUCAAUCUGAAGCCUUCGGAUAUCGCGAAAUGGCCAGCACCCAAUUAUGAGGACCCGCGGACCCGCGGUUGGAUGCCAGCCUACGCUUCAGUCUUCUAUGUAGCCAGUACUCUGAUGGUAGGCACUCGGAUCUGGCUGCGGAGAAGGAAGUACUCCGGCGGCUUUGGCGUUGACGAUGCUCUUCUAAUAUGCAGCUGGGUCUGUGUUACGGCCUUUACUGUCACAGCCAUCGUUAACGCGGAGGCAUAUCAUACGAACAGGCACCUGUGGGACAUACCCAUUGCUAGUUUCCCGGAUCUGGCUAAAGUGACCUGGCUUGCAGAACUGUUCUUUCUGCUCACUGGAUGCUGCGUCAAGGUGUCUGUCCUGCUAUUCUAUCGGCGUCUGGUCGAGAAUACCUGCUCACGGCACUGGGUCUGGGCCGUGGUCUCUGCGAUUACAUGUACCGUGGCAUACACUCUCGCGUUCAUCUUAGCGCUGGUCUUCAACUGCUCACCGAUGGAAGCGUACUGGAAAGGCUUUGACCUAAUGUGGGCCGCCACGGUUGACUAUUCUUGUGUCGAUACGACUGUCAUAAACCUGCUGGCAGGCAUAAUGGCGAUAGUAUCCGACUUGUACGCUGUUGUAUUGCCUUGCAUCAUGUUGAAAGAUCUCAACCUACCGUUCCGCCAGAAGUUAGCACUGAACCUCGUCUUCUCGCUGGGCAUCCUGGUGGUCGCGGCCAGCUCAGUCAGAACAUACUGGCUGUGGAAGUGUGGCCAUACACCGGAUGUGAGCACCGCCAUUUUCAACGUCUUCGUAUGGUCCAUUCUGGAGCUCAAUCUAGGGAUCAUGUGCGCGGCCGCACCCGCUCUGAGAGUCGGUUUCCGUGAAUAUCUCAGCAAGCCUCUCACGCGACUCAAGCAAUCGGUGAAAUCAGCGACAUCGUUGUCUCGGAACCGGCGGUUUUCCAAAGGUGACCAAGUCAACAUACGGCGUGCAGAUAAUCCUGGAGACCUCCGCAAAGGCCAGUACGAGUCGAAGCAUGCUCCAGUGGUGUCUCACAGAGAAGAUACGGGCUUCUCCAGUCCAACGCUGGUUAUUGACGGCAGCAAUAUGUCCAAGUCACCUACAUCGCCAUAUUGGGAGAGAAGCGACUUGGUCCAAAGCCCGAUGCAGUACGAGAGGCACGAUGUCUAUGACAUGGAGAAAUAUCGAAGGCCUUCUAUCUUACCGUCGCGCUACUCUCCCGAGACGACGGAACGAUCGGAUCAUCGCCCUGGCGAUCUUGAGGACAUACGCACCCGCCACCAUUCAUUUCAAUCCACGCGGUCUGAUUUAGGAGACUCCCAAAGGCCGGUGUCGACAGCAGAUCCUCUGCACUUAUUGCCGUCGGAGAUCGUGCUGCGGGUCCUGGACUUCACCUCAGUGUCCACCCUUGCCACGCUGACCCGUCUCGAUGCAGCCUGGCACGACUUCAUAGACAAAACGCAUCAAAAUCACAUAUACUCUCACGCUGGCAAGACGCCCCAUCCCGAUGGAGCCAAGGACUUUUCAUUCCUUGCAGACUCGACAAAGUUCUCCAAGCACUAUCGAAACAUCACAUCAUGGAAGGAGCUAUGCAGAUCGCAGACAAUGCUGGCAAGGAACUGGAACAGCAAAACUCCCGUCACAAGAGAAUCGACGAUCCGUGUUGGAGAUGAUCCCAUCUGGCGAUUUCGGCCUGACUUCAAGCGUCGCUUCUUCCUAUCCACAUCACAUGCAGGCGGCAUGAAGGUCACAGACAUGGACUCUGGUGCUUUGAUCUUCCAACUCAAUCGAGAUACAGUCAGACCCUUCGCUCAUCUUGAGUAUCAAGAUGGAACCGCUGUGUGGGAUCGAGAGGGAGACGUCCUCGAAGUGUGGCGAACAGAUGACAAGGGACCACGAGGUACUUUCGAAAGAGUGGCUGUGCUAUCUCAUGACUGGCAGACGCGGGGCUUUCAGCUCUCGUACGACACUCUUUGCGUGGCAUCGUCACAAGGCAAAGGAUAUGUCUACGAGCUGAACGAGACAAUGCCUCCCAUUAAGAAGGAGAUGGACAUUGAGGACGGCGCCAUUGGUCAUCUCGAUCAGGAUGCUGAUGCGAUCGUGUAUUCCAUCGGUGUCAAGGGCUACCACUUUUACGACAAACCUACAGGCCAAUUUCUAGGACAUUUCCAUCCUGAGUUCUGUAAGACUUUCCAUCACGUAAAGCAUCCGGACCCUGGCUCUUGCAGACUGGAUCUCCCGGGCACGAAUCGUGGAAGUCCUCCACGGAGGCCGGCCAAAGAUCGAACGACACCGCUCCUUAUCGAGAAGUGGGAGUACCCACGAGAAUCCAGCGAUCCUUCUCUCGGCGACGAUGAAUGGGGCGCCUGUAUGCUGGAUGGCCAGUUGAUGGCCGGGAUCUCUCGUGGUGGCAGAGUAUUCGUGUGUCCGAACUGGCGAGAAGCUCUGAAAAGCGAGCAAGCUUUUGCUGCCCAUGCCUACAUUGUCGAAUGCGUUACUGCCGAUAUGACGUUCGACCUUGGCGGCUGGCUAUCCGUUCGCAAUCAUCGGGUCAUGUUCGAGAUCCAAGACCAAGUCUACGUGCUUGGCCUGACCGAUAGCGACAAGGUCACGAGCGAUGAAAAGUCGAUUCCGCGACCAUCCUUUGCCUUCGCAACAAGUUUGGAGGCAAGACUUGCUGUCCCAAUCUCGUUCAUGUCUCUUUACGAUGACUGCAUCAUGACCACUUACACCACCAUCUGCUCCCGACCACGACCUCACGAUCUCGCUCCGGCUGCUGGACACGCACAACCAUGGCGAAGAGUCAUGCCGACGAAAGUCGUCCGUGUGUUGAGCUUUGCCGAUCAUGGUGAGGACGACGAUGAAACGAAUGAGACGUCUUCUGGCUCCGAGAAUCAUUCGUAUAUGAGGCAGGAUAUCUAUAGACUGAUACAGAUGCUUGCAGGUGAUCCGGAAUGA